UGGAUAUUGAUGUGUUUUAAGGAGGUGUCCCCAGUCCUCCCCUCCCCUACAUCCCUCCCUCCCCUCCCUUCCUCUCUCUCUCCUCCUCGCCUCCUCCGUGCUGCUGAUCCGCGGGGUCUCGGUGCGCUCAGACGCGCUCGGCGUUCAGACUCGUAAGGACCCCGAUGGCCCCCAACCACAGGGACUGCGCUAACCAGACGACCAUCCCCGGCUUCCAGCUCCCCUAGCGAAGGCAGGACCCCGAGAGCCUGCUCCUGGAAUACCGCAUUGUUUUAUAAUUUCCAACAAGAGAGUGGAAGGUGAUGAUGCUGAUGAUGCGCCCGCGAUGGUGGAUUUCCCUUUUGUGCGUCUGUGGAUUGAUGCACGUCGGUCAUCAGAGCAGCCCUAAUGCCCAAAAUGGAGACGCCUUGUCGAGCUUGAAGGCUCUUCGUGAUGCGGGCAGGUUUGUCGGGAAGGAGGACACGGUGCCUCUCCGCCUGCUCUACAGCAGACACAACCACAGCCAGAUCACAGAGGAUGAGCUCAGCACCAGGGUGAAAGCCAGCGCCGGCUCCACACAGGUGAACCAUGUGGCCCAAGCAAGCUUUCAAGUCGAUGCUUUUGGCAGAAAAUUCAUCUUGGAUGUGGAACUGAAUCAUGAUCUGCUGUCUUCGGGGUACGUGGAGAGGCAUUUGUCAGAAAAAGGGAAGAGCGUCGUCACCAGCGGAGGAGAGCACUGCUACUAUCAGGGGAAGGUCAGAGACAUCCCUCACUCCUUCGUGGCAGUCUCAACCUGCCAUGGCUUGCAUGGGAUGUUUUUCGAUGGCAAUCACACCUACAUGAUUGAACCCGGAGGACAGGGCGGCAGCGAUGGAGAUGUCGGCAUUCACAUGAUAUAUAAAUCUGCAGGGCACGAGGGGUUAAAUGAUCUCCUCAAUGGUGAUCUUCCAGAGCCACCGUUUCCCAGCCCUCCAUUUCCCGGGUCCAAAGUUGUUCACAGGAGAAAAAAGAGACAGGCUCCACGUGCGUCACACAGUGUAGAGGAUGAGACCAAAUACAUUGAAUUGAUGGUGAUCAAUGACCAUUUAAUGUACAAGAAGCAUCGGCUUUCCGUGGGGCACACGAAUAACUAUGCUAAGUCAGUGGUCAAUAUGGCUGACAUGAUUUUCAAGGAACAGCUCAAUACCCGGAUUGUGCUGGUCGCCAUGGAAACGUGGUCAGCCGACAACAAGUUCAACAUCGACGACGACCCCAUGGUGACGCUGAGGGAGUUCAUGAAGUACAGGAAAGACUUCAUCAAGGAGAAAUGUGACUCCGUUCACCUGUUCUCAGGGAAUCGUUUCCACAGCAGCUGGGGAGGAGCGUCCUAUAUGGGAGGAGUUUGCUCCUUGACUAAAGGAGGGGGAGUCAAUGAGUACGGGAAAACAGAUGAGAUGGCCAUAACCCUCGCUCAGUCUCUUGGACAGAACAUUGGUAUCUUCUCUGACAAGAAGAGGAUCCUCAAUGGCGAGUGCAAGUGUGACGAUCGUUGGUCGGGCUGUAUCAUGGAUGAUGUUGGUUUCUACCUGCCCAAGAGGUUCUCCGACUGCAACAUGGAGGAGUACCAUAACUUUCUGAACAGCGGAGGAGGAGCCUGUCUGUUCAACAAACCUCUGAAGCUGUUGGACCCUCCGGUGUGUGGAAAUGGGUUUGUGGAGCCAGGAGAGGAGUGUGACUGUGGCAGCCCAGCGGAGUGUGCCAAAGAGGGGGAGGCCUGCUGUAACAAGUGCACCCUGACCCAAGGCUCCAAGUGUAGCAACGGACUCUGCUGCAAGAGCUGCCAGAUGGAGUUCAUGGGAGUUGUGUGCAGAGAUGCAGUGAACGACUGCGACAUCCCAGAAAACUGCACAGGCAACUCCAGCCAGUGUCCACCAAAUGUGCACAAGAUGGACGGCUACACAUGUGAAAAGGACCAGGGUCGCUGCUUUAAUGGAAGAUGCAAAACCAAAGACAGACAGUGCAAGUACAUUUGGGGAGAGAAGGCAACAGCGGCCGACAAGUUCUGUUACGAGAAGUUAAACAUCGAAGGGACAGAGAAAGGCAACUGUGGGAAGGACAAGGACACCUGGAUCCAGUGUAACAAACAGGAUGUUCACUGUGGGUACCUGCUGUGCUCCAACAUCUCACCUGCCCCGCGACUGGGAGAGCUGCAGGGAGGGCUGACCUCCUUCUCAGUGGCCCGACACAGUGCUUCUCUUGACUGCAGCGGCGCUCAUGUGCUGAUUGACGGAGACACUGACCUGGGAUACGUCGAGGAUGGGACGGCCUGCGGGACAGACCGCAUCUGUUUCAAUCACAAAUGUCUCCCCGUCCAACAGUUCAACUUCAGCACCUGCCCCGGGACCACUGACAAGAGUGUCUGCUCUGGACAUGGGGUGUGCAGUAGUGAGCUCAAGUGUGUGUGUUACCUGGGCUGGGCAGGAGAGGACUGUAACUCCACGAAUCCUCUCAGUUAUCUCGUGGUCGGACCCACUGCCUCAGUUUCAGGUAUCACCAGUACCAACAUCAUCAUCGGGGCCAUCACAGGCUCCAUCCUCUUCCUCGCCCUCAUACUGGCUGUUACAGCCUGGUGUUACAAGAGCUACAAGCAGAGACGCUAUGUUGAGUCUGAAGUUCAUCGAAGAUUCUGCCGGCAAAUGCCCCCAGGUGACUAUGUAACAAAGCCUGGGGAUGCAGACUCAUUUUACAGUGACAUGCCUCCAGGUGUCAGCACAAACUCAGGCUGCAGCUCCAAGAAGAGAUCUAAUGGCCUAUCCCACUCAUGGAGCGAGAGAAUCCCAGAUGCCAAACACAUCUCUGACAUCUGUGAAAAUGGGCGACCGAGGAGCAACUCGUGGCAAGGAAAUCUGAGCGGUAAUCGUAAGAAACUGAAAGGAAAGAAGUUCCGCGCUCGCUCCAACUCCACAGAGACACUAUCCCCUGCCAAGUCUCCCACUUCCUCUACUGGAUCUAUUGCAUCCAGCAGGAGAUACCCGUACCCCAUGCCCCCGCUCCCCGAUGACCAGAGGAAAGCAAACAGGCAGAGCGCCAGGCUGUGGGAGACUUCAAUAUAACAGCCUCCUUACCCACUCUGUGAAAGACCUCGAGGAACUACACUUGUCUCUCCUUUUCUAUGAAUGAAAAACACAAAAAUGAAACAAAAUUGACUCUAAGCGAUUUAAGAGAAACAGAGAGAGAGCCCCCCCCCCACUGGAGUGGAAAUAGGCAAAGGCGUGUGUGAGUAAGUGUGUACAAGCAUCUCCGAGGCCGUCUCUCCAGGCGGCGUCAUUCAGUGGAUCUCUACAAGACGAUGCGGAUCGCCAGCGGAGAAACCAGCUCCACAUCCACUCCAGACCAGCUGGAGCUCAGACUGAGCUGUUCCUGUCUGCUCAGGCCGCAUCUAUGGGACUGGGACCCCCCCCACCCCCACCCCACCCCACCCCACUCCGACCCCUCCUUACCUGUCCCAAACCCUUAAACCUCAACACAUCCUCCUUUAGCUCGGCUCUUGUCACUUCAAUGCCACUGCCCCCCCAAAGAGUUGUUUGGAGCUCCUCUGUUAAUGGAGCAGCAGAGCCAGGAGCAGGUCAUCGCAUCACACUGCAUCUCUGGACUUGCUGGAUCAUUUUGACGCACGUGAAUCACUGUAUGCAUGAGACAACCCUGUUUAUCAUCAACCUCCUCCUACAGAAAAGACGAGAAGAACAGCGGUCUGAUGUGAGAGGAAAGCAUGCGAGGGGGGCAGUGAUUUUAUACCUUCUGUAGGCUUAAAACGCUUCCUCUCCACUAUAGGUAACCCAUAUUGUAUCACCAGUUAUAGCCCAUAACCCAUGACAUGGACCCCACCUGACCCCGCCCUGCUCUUCCUCGCCUCGGUUUGUUUGUGCGUGUGUAAAUAUGUACAGUAAAAAAUACACACAGAGUAUGUUUUUGCUUUUAUUUUGAAAGAGACUGAGAUGUCUCUUCCUGCUGUGUUGUGUUGUAGACAGAAGCGGAUCUCUGUAGAUAAGAGGGCCCCGCACUGGUUCUUCUGUCUGUGUUUCUAUUUUUCGUCCUCUCCUUUUUUUUUCUUCCUCCCUCUGGCUUUUUCCUGUGUGACUGUGACCUCUAUAGCUUUCUCCAUCCACAGCAGAAUGUAAAAGUGUUUUUAUAUUAUCUUGGCACUGGUUUUCAUCCAUCUCUGGGAGAAACACACAGACAUCCAGUAAUGACUGAGGAAGUAUUGAUGAAGUUGUUGAUGGUGGCACAUUAGGAGUGUUGUUGGAAGUGGCUGUUGAUGAGUAUUACUUAGGAACAUUUAAUUAGUUUUAUGUGCCAUUUCCUGAGUGAAAUGGAUGCGACGUGUUUGGUGUAGUUAUAGCCACUUUUCACUCCUGGGGUUUUUCUUUCUUUGAAAUUUCCUGUCGAUGACGUUAUGAUGUUUUUCCCCUGAUUCUACAUUUGAGCCAAGUGUGCUCGUGUUUUCACGAUGUGGCAGCACAUGAAGUCGCUCAGAUGAAUGCGAGAAUAAGACGUGCAGUUGACGGCCUGACUUGGGCGAGGAAUCUGGAAGCUGUGAUUGAAAUGUGCAUUUUGGGUUUAGCUGUGAUGAUUGAGAUAUUUAGCCUUGUAAAUGAUUAACUAUGCUGUACAGUGCUUGCUGUUUGAGCUUGUGGAGACCAACAGCAUGACAGUUCUAUAAUCAAAUUAAGUUAUUUCUCUGGUAGGCUGUUUGUGAGACCAUCAUGGGAAACGAGCAUGUCACUGAAAAACUUUUUGCCUCAUUGCCUAUUUGCUGUUGUCUAAAUGGGUUUGUGUACCACAGACUGUCAGCAGAGUCGAGACAAUUCAUGGCAGGAAGUCGCAGGGUUUAAAAACGACUGAGAACAGAUUUUCUUUUGUGCUGAUGUCAUGCCAGUGUAGCUAUUUAAAGGGACAGUUCACCCCCAAAUCAAAAACAAAUUUUUCCUCUCACAUGUACUGCUGUUGAUCAGUCUAGAUUGUUUUGGUGUGAGUUGUCGAGUGUUGAAGAUAUCAACCUUCUUCCCAAUAUAAUGGAACCAGAUGACACUUGGCUUGUGGUGCUCAAAGCGCCAAAAAAUACAUUUGAAAAACUCAACAGCAAUGUCUCGUCCCAGAAAUCAUGACCUGGUUACUCAAGAUAAUCCACAGACCUUUCAGUUUCAUGUAGGAACUAUUGUCUUAUCACCGCAUAGAAGGAGGUGUGCAUCUACUCAUGAAUGAGAGGCUCGUUCUCGUGACAGCAUGAGAUGCAAACAAUGCUAUCCUCCUAAGCUGAGCUGUUAUGUUUGCUAGCUCAUUGGUGCUAUGUGAGCUAGCAGUAGAUGCACGCUUCCUUCUGUGUAGUGAUACAGUUGGGAGGUGUAGCUCGGUAGUAAGAAAAUAGUUCCCACAUGAAACUGCUCACAACAAUGUCUGAUUUCUGGAGAGAGACAUUGCUGUUGAGAAGGGCUGCCCCCCUUAAAGUUGGAGAUUCGAAACAUCUGUCAGAGACCCCUCAUUCAACAGAGAUUAAUUUAAGUCCAGCAUAUUUUCACACUGUGUCUGGCUUUUGUUUGGUAUCUAGUUUGGGCAAAAAUAUCACACAUUUCUGAUCCAAUGUUAGUGUAGUUGUUUACUAUAUUACGUGAAUAUCACUGUCACACUGUCACCCUGAACAUCCCGCUGAACCCUGUUUCAACUCUCAAACUCUAUAUGUAAAAAAAAAAAAAAAAAAAAAAAGAA